GUUUUACUGGGACACUUUGUAAACAUUCGCACAGGUGACGGACUUCUUUUUAGAUAUUAACUGAAGUUUUGGAUUUUGAUUAAAUCUGAUGUAGAUCACUGGAAGAAAAAUGUCCACGGAGACUGCGGGCUGGCGAUUCUUUGAGGGAUCGCUAGAACAUAAGGGAAAACAGGGUCGAGGCUACCAAACACUUUGGUGUGUUUUAAAAGGUCGAACUAUUCACAUAUUUAAAGAGAGAGACCACAGAAAUGACGACACGGUGGUCGGCAGUCUGAACAUUGACAACAAAACCGAGUGUACAGCCAGCGACACGAGAGAUGGCUACAAGCUGGAGCUAAUGACCGAAGGUCUGGACAAAACCAGGCGAGUCAACAGAUUCAAGACGAAAAAGAAGGUGGAAAGAGAAAUAUGGAGAGGAUAUAUCUUGUGUUUAUCUAAGGGCACUGUUCCAAAUGAUCUCGACUUAACAGACACUCAAAUAGAAGAAAUCAAAGCCUCUGUCAACAGUUUCCUCCUAGAGGAAGCAUCGGGAUCGACCCAUGGCGGCGGAUCGCUGUCCAUCGGUGGGAAGUCGAGGCACCAGGAGCUCAGCAAGAGAGCGUCCGUCUCCCCCUCUGAGGACAGUGGGCUUGGAGCAACCAUUAAACACCCAAGGUCAAUCGGAACUCAGAACUCCUCCUCAUCCGGGUCCAGAGGCACGAUUAGCGGGGGCGGAGGCGGACCGACUAUGAGACAUAAGUUUACAAAUAAUCCAAGAAUGGAUGACCAAAUACCAAGUUGGUUCUUUUCGAGCUGUAGUCGGGAUUUAGCUGAGAGAAUACUAGUAAAUAGCGGCAGCUUAGGCAAUACCUUAAUGAGGGAAAGCUCUUCCCAAAAAGUCAGCGGAAGUUACGUCAUCAGUAAAAUUGGCAAAAUAGACGGGGUAGUAAAGAUUGAACAUUUUGAGGUAGAAAGAGUCGACAGAGGAUACAAAAUCAAAGUUGAAAAUGACCACGAGCCUCAGAAGAAUCUCACAGAUGUUAUUAACACUUUCCGAUUCAUAGCUGGCUUUGAGAAUACGAUUCCAAUGAAGACGAAUGACCUAUAUGAUUUUGGAUUGUCCGAAGACGACUCAAAUCCGUACCGCAUGAAACGGAUUGAAAGAGAAAUUCCUAGCAAAACCAGAGAACUACCAGAACCGUUACCCGAUUAUGAAGAACCGGUGCCACGGCCUUCUAAAACAUUCAACCCAGGGAUUUUGAAAAAAGAGCAGGCCAAAUAUGAGAGGCGAAAUGUUCACCAUUUUGGCACGACCAGAAGUUCGAUUGUAAAUAAAUUGAAUAAAACGACAGUCACUGUAAAACCUCGGUCUCCCUCACCCCCGGAGUUUGACCCCCCGGCACCCCACCGACAAUCCGUCUACUACAACGCCCCAGAGAGCAAUGCAGCUAAAUUCUUCCUCCAGAAACCUCGACCCCCAACUCCUCCAGACGAAAGUCCCCCACCCCCUGAACCUCACGUUACAGGAUCUGAUGGUUACUACAAUGAGGACAGUUUUAAAGAUCUGAAAGGAAAAGAGCCUUUACAUAAAAGAUCCAUGUCAGUUCCCAAUAUAAAACACUUGAUGCCUAACCAGUUACAAGGGGACAUCGACUUAAACCAGCCAGUAAACAGAGACAUACCCCCACCUAAGUCCGUCGUUCCUGCAGCACCUCCUCCACCCCCACUCCUAUCAAACCCAGGUGCCACCAGCCCCACCCAGAAAACACCCACCUCCAUCCUGAAGUCUAAACCGAGGGGUGGACUACCGUCAUUACCAUCACUUCCUCCCACACCCACAGAACCAGACACUGGACCACGAAGCAGCAUAGAUACAAGUGCUCCCAGUCUUACAGCACUUGGUCUGAAACCAGUUGGGAGAAAUCUCGACAAACAGAAAACGUCUUCAAGUUCCCCUCCCUCCAAUCACGCACCUUCACCUCAACAGCUGGGUCUCCGUCACGUGGAGAGAGCCACAAACAAGGAGGAACAAGCAACAAAAGAGUACGAGGACAGUCAGACGGUUCAGGACAUUCGCAAGAAGUUUGAAAAGAAAAUUCCGCCCUCUACAGCACCGAAACCCACGGGGAGACCACAAGCCAGGGCUGCUUCAAACGAAAAAGAAGAAAUGUAUGAUGAUGCCAUAUCUGUCGAGUACGAAAACAAUGAUGAUAUCCCAAAAGGGAUAGGGAAAAGGUCCUCGUUCAUCAGGAAACUAGAAGAGCAAAUCGCCCGCCCAGCGGCUGGCCCCCAGGGCGCUCCGAAAGUCCCAGAGAUCAAACCAAUGACAGAGGAGGAAGAGUGCGAAUACCAUGAAGUGGUCUAAGGGACAAACUCUUCAAAGCAGGGUCCUAUAAAUUCUGUGAUAUUUACUUAUAACUGUACUCAUUUAUGUACGACAAGAUUAUUAAUAUCAAACUAAUUACAUUGUAAUAUAAAGACUGGAUCUUAUAAAAGGAUAUAUGUUGUAAAAAAAAAGAGAACUUGUUUACAUGUACGUGUAUUUAGUUAUCAUAUUCAGAACUUAUAUACAUCUUUUUUUACUUUACAUUUCUGAAUGUAAUUUGUCAUAUGAUUAUUUUGUUUAAUAACAUUUUUCGCAUUAGUUUACAAAAUAUCAUGAAAUGCAUUACGUACCCCAGUUCUGACUUAGAUUAAGUCCCACCCCUAAAUCAAUUGAUGCAUAAUUAUAUAACCUCAACAUGAUGUGUGACUGUACCAUCCAUGCCAGUGCUAUAAAUUAACAGGGAACGAAGUUCACUAAUUAAUCUGGUCGUAUCCAAAUCAGUGAUGAAUCAAAGAAGUAAGCAUAAAUCAUCAGUCUAAGGAAACAUUUUUAUCAUGACAAUCAUCAUAAAACAAAUUAGUGUUUUUUUAUGUCUUGUUCAAAUUUUGUUUUUUGAAUUGACACCACACGUAUUUUUAUCAUCAAUAAAAUAAUAUUAUGAUAUAAUAAUAUUGUAUUAAUUUCAUUUGUUAGAUCUUUUUUAUUUUACAUCAUACAUAUUUUUUCCUUUCUAUCAUCAAGUAAUCCAUUUCAGUCAUGACAGAGUUCAUUCGGUAGAACUGUUGUUCUGUUCAAAGCAAGUUUGCAAUUGUGGAGCAACCUUUUGAACGACGUAUUACUGUACAUGUUAUUGUUAAAACCAAAGAUACAGCAAAUGUGAUUUACGUUAACGGUUGAUUAAGACCAAAAGAAUUAAUGUGAAGAGAAUAUUCUUGUAACUUAAUAAAAAAUGCAGCAAACCCUAGCUGAAUGUCUAUUUCUGCCUCAUUGUUGCGUUUUGAGAAGGAACAACAACCGCUAGCCUAAGUCCACUUAGAGAUCCAACUGCAACCAAGUCGUCCUUUGAGGAAUCGGAAAUUGAGAGAACACUAUAAUUGUUGACCAAAUACGUCACAGAGGAUUUUAAAAACAUUCUAUUAUAGACAUUAUGUAAUUCAGUGCACUUAGUGUCUUGACUGUUAUAAAUCUAUACAUAUAGAGCAAAAAUGUUAUUUAGCAAUGGUCCCUAGUCGCCAUGGAUAGAACUAGAUAAUGUGGUUUUAUUUCCAAACCUCAUUACUUCGGACAGAUGGGCAUGCGUGCAUGGAUCUUUCGACACGAAAAAAAGCAUCGGUUUUUAAUUUGGCAUUUGUUCUGCUUUCCUCGUCGAUAUGACGUCACAUAACGAUCCAUUCUCCGCCAUUCAUCUGACGUUAAUGGUUCAUGCUUACUUUCAUCGACGUCUACAUCCGUUUUCUGGUUUCCGGUGAUUUUAAGUUGAAAGUCGUACGACAAUUCAUUAUAUAUUCCUCUCCUUCACCGAGGAGAUCGGGCGUUAAUGGACCAUUCAGUACUUCUGUCUGUUUAGUCCCACUGCCCGGUGUCUGAUUUCUUUUGUAUUGAUGUCCAUCUCUCCAGGAAUCGGGAGGGGGCAGUCCCUGGUGACCUUUCUCAUUAUCCCCUCGCGUCAGUGUAGCUAUGUUAUCGGUCGCCCGCGCUCCGUGGGGAUACAGAGUAUAGGAUCAUCCCCAGCUACCGACCAAGAUAACUAGCGUUCUGAUUGGUCGAUGACAAUAUAACGAAAUCUCUAUGUUUCAUUGCAAUAAAACCAAGGAAUCGUCGGAAUUGAGAGGAUUCGAAUUAAGGAGGCUGUCUGAUAUCUGACGACGAUGGCGAGCUACAUUCUUCUGAUUGCGUUGGCUUUACUCCCGGUCUCUUGUGCCGUCUAUCUGGACGAACCCUCAGGGUAUCCCCUCGCCAGGCCUUACAAUUCAGCUUGUCUUCAGUGUCUGUUCACGCACAAACGAGAAUACUGCGAGAUUUGUAAAUAUGAAGAUGAUGGAGGUGAUUUUCUUACCACUAAUAAAAGAUCUGACUAUUACAACAGUAAUAUAAGGAAGCGUGGAUACUAUUGUCUAUGUUGUGCCCGGUCAAGGUUGACCAAUUCCGGAUGUUGCACUCUUUGUAGCAGCGAGAUGUAAGAAACAAGAAUUGUCAUAACGCUAAUAAAGAACUACGCCUAAACGACUUUUACUACAAUUUAUAAAAUUCAUAUCCGAUUUUCAUGAUUUUCAACAGCACUGUUUUGCAACAUAUCAGAUCCACUUUUAAAAUAAAGCACUAAAUUGUUUGUGAA